UCGCAAGUAGUGAGGCUGUGAAGCACUUCUCGCUCUCUGCCUGUGAUUCGCUCAUUGGUCGCUGAACUGUCAGCAGCUCGAGCCGCGAUAUGAGCCACUCACCCGAAGGACAGUUCACUCACGGCUCUGGUGAUGCCCACACAUCUAAACUUGCGAUGUUUUACUCGUCUGCCAGCGACGCGUCCGAUAACAUUUGACUGAGGUUACUUUUACGCGCUUGUAAAGCAGGAGAAACUUUAUGGACUUUUAAGUUUUUACACGUUAAAUGAAAAUUGAACAAAGAAAACGCAACUAUGGACGUCUCAAAAGUGGUUUUAUUGAUAUCAGCGCUCGGCUCCGUGUUUUCUCCGGUUGCUGCUGUUCAGAUGUGUGACGUGGUAAAUGAGAUUGAGCUGGCAAGAGCGAGGUGUGAGAAUAAAACAGCAGGAAACAUCACAUCAGGCUGCAAAGGGAUGUGGGAUAUUAUUGCUUGCUGGCCAUCAGCCAAAAUUGGGGAACACGUGGUUAUUCCCUGUCCAAAUUACUUCAGACACUUCUCUGAUCAACAUGAGGGUAACCUCUCUAAAACCUGCACUGCUGAUGGCUGGACCGAAAUGGACCCGUUGGAAAUCGCAGUGAAUUGUGGAUAUAAUCUAAAUGGCACUGUUGACGAUGACAGCUUCUUUAGGUCAGUGAAGAUCGGCUACACCAUCGGCCACAGUGUUUCUCUCAUUUCUCUCACAACUGCCAUUGUAAUACUCUGUAUAUUCAGGAAACUCCACUGCACUCGCAACUACAUCCACAUGCACCUGUUCGUGUCCUUCAUUCUGAAAGCCAUCGCGGUUUUUGUCAAAGAUGCAGUGCUGUACGAUGUUGUCCAGGAGUCUGACAACUGCUCUACUGGUUCUGUUGGUUGCAAAGCUGUGAUUGUGUUUUUCCAGUACUGCAUUAUGGCCAGUUUCUUCUGGCUGCUGGUGGAAGGUCUGUACAUUCAUGCUCUUCUCGCCGUCUCCUUCUUUUCUGAGAGGAAGUACUUCUGGUGCUAUAUCCUCAUCGGUUGGGGAGGCCCGACUGUUUUCAUCAUGGCCUGGAGCUUUGCCAAGGCUUACUUCAAUGAUGUUGGAUGCUGGGAUAUUAUUGAAAAUUCUGAUCCUUUUUGGUGGAUUAUCAAAACCCCAAUAUUAGCUUCCAUUCUGAUGAACUUUAUCCUGUUCAUUUGUAUCAUUCGGAUACUGAGGCAGAAGAUCAACUGUCCUGACAUCGGGAGAAAUGAAUCAAACCAAUAUUCGAGGCUGGCAAAAUCAACACUUCUGUUGAUUCCACUGUUUGGGAUAAACUUUAUCAUAUUCGCCUUCAUUCCGGAGAACAUCAAAACUGAGCUACGGCUUGUGUUUGACCUCAUUCUCGGUUCAUUUCAGGGUUUUGUGGUCGCUGUACUCUACUGUUUCCUAAAUGGAGAGGUCCAAGGUGAAAUCAAAAGGAAAUGGAGGCGAUGGCACCUCGAAAGAUUUCUGGGUCCCGACACAAAAUACCAGCACCCAUCCAUGGGCAGCAACGGCAACAACUUCAGCACACAGAUCUCCAUGCUGACCCGCUGCAGCCCUAAGACUCGCCGCGCAUCCACAUGUCAAGAUGAAACGUCCAUCACAGUCUAACUGACCCACAACAGUGAUUUGCUACUGCCAUCUACGACCAGACCCCGAGAGGCCAUGCACAUGUGCAGAAAGACUGAAAUACUACAUUACUCUUGGGAGAUAUGACUUACUAAAAUUAAAUUGUUUUCCAACAUAGUGCAGUUUGAAGAGUCAUAAGGUUCUUAUGAGAAAAACGCAACAUCCAAUCAUCUUCAGCAACACAUUAAACCUGUAAAUAAACCUGCAGUGAAUUUCUGGAGAACACCAAGAGAUUGUGGUUUCAGACUCUUGCCGUCAUUUUGUGCCGACUCGGCUCUGCAGGGAUGCAGAAGAAACGACGUCAUCAAAAAUGACUGAUGAUGCACUGUUGGAAAAAGAGGUUAGGGAUUCUCUACCUGGACUGCUCUUAUAUAUUUUUGCUUAUGAGGUAAGUAAAACAAAUGAUAAUAAAAAGGAGGCAACCAAAAGUGGAUUGUUGAAUAUCCAAUAUAUGGAGAUACACUGUAGAGACCAAAUGUGAUGUUUCUUUGAAACAUGUUGUUCAUAUAUAUUUUUUUGUGAUGUUUCCAGAUCAGUGUGUGUGUGUGUGUGUGUACUGGUUUUGGUGGUUUACAAGUACAAUCCCUGGCAAAAAUGAUGGAAUUGCUACACUUGGGAGAUGUUCAUUCAAAUGUUUAAUUGGGUAGA